AUGAAAUUCUCGAGUCCUUCGUUCCUUUUUACUGUUUACAUUGCGACUUCCUUAGUUUUGGCUGUGAUUUCUGCACCACUUUCCGAAACCGAAGGGAGCCUUCAAGUUCCCCGUGGGGACGGGGAUGGGGAUGGUCCCGGUCAUCACCGACCGUGCUUGGUGUGUCUGUGUUGUGGUGAUUGA